GAGAUCGAAUGGGAUUUGUACAUUUUCUCAACACACAUGUUGUCCUCCUUCUGAAUUAAAACAUAUAGCCUAAUCAGAAGUAACUCAGCUGGGACAAAGAAGGGCUUUUAUUUAACACCUCAAGAUGGGCAGUGGAGCCAGUUUGGAGAGCAAGGAGUCGGCCAGGAGGUCCAGAGAACUGGAGAAGAAACUCCAGGAAGAUGCAGAGAGGGAAGCCAGGACAGUCAAACUACUACUGCUGGGUAAAAAGAAUAGAAAUUGUGCUGGAGAGUCAGGAAAGAGCACUAUUGUAAAACAAAUGAAGAUCAUCCAUAAAGACGGUUUCACAUACCAGGAACGCAUGGAGUUCAGACCUGUGAUUUACAGUAAUGCAUUGCAGUCUAUCCUGUCUAUUGUGAAAGCAAUGACUGUAUUAGGGAUCAAUUAUGAAAACCCAGCUAGAAUUGAAGAUGAAAGACAACUGUGUGCCAUGGCAACAACUCUAGAGGAUGGUGACAUGUCUUCCAAAUUGGUUGAACUCAUUAAACAACUGUGGAAAGACCGCGGGAUCCAGGCCUGCUUUGCAAGGGCAGCAGAAUAUCAGCUCAACGACUCAGCAGCUUAUUAUCUCAAUGACUUGGAUAGGUUAGCAAUGCCUGACUAUGUGCCCAGUGAGCAAGAUGUUUUGCACUCCCGAGUGAAGACAACUGGGAUUAUAGAGACUCAGUUUUCCUUCAAGGAUCUGAACUUCAGGAUGUUUGAUGUGGGUGGACAGCGAUCAGAGAGAAAGAAGUGGAUUCACUGCUUUGAGGGAGUUACUUGCAUCAUAUUCUGUGCUGCACUCAGUGCCUAUGACAUGGUUCUGGUGGAAGAUAAAGAAGUGAACAGAAUGCAUGAAAGCCUUCAGCUGUUCAACAGCAUCUGCAACCAUAAGUGCUUUGCAGCUACUUCCAUUGUGCUGUUUCUAAACAAAAAAGACCUCUUUCAAGAGAAAAUAACAAAAGUUCAUCUCAAUAUCUGCUUUCCUGAGUACAAUGGACUAAGUACAUUUGAAGAUGCAGGAAAUUACAUCAAGAAACAGUUCCUAGACUUGAACAUAAGGAAAGAAGACAAGGAGAUAUAUUCUCAUUUGACAUGUGCCACAGAUACGCAGAAUGUGAAGUUUGUUUUUGAUGCAGUCACAGACAUCAUAAUCAAAGAAAAUCUGAAAGACUGUGGGCUUUUCUAGCCAUUUGCUCCCUUGCUUCCAGCCUGACUUCAUCUCUGUCCAGUUCCUCUCUCAUCCUGUGUGCUGACUGAAGUAAAAAUGGUAGGGAAGAAACAAUAUUAAUUAGGCUCUAGUUAGCUGUCAGUUGAAGCUUUUGGCUCUGGUUAGCUUUGUCAAUUGAAGCCUGAGCACUGCAGAACAGUAAUGACUUUCUAUAUGCCAUAAGAAGAUUAAAAACACAUGUUCCUGCUCCACAGGGAUGCUAGCCGCUGAUAAUUCCUACUGGAAUCGAAGAGAAUUUCUCAUUGAAAUCCAUACAAUUUGAAGGUAAACAGCACUUCUCAGGAAGCUGGGGAUAACUCAGUACCCUACAUUUUCCAGUGAGAGGGGAAAACACAUAUAAAAGAGAUUAGAUAAUGGACUUUUAUUUGUAUUUAAAGCCAUAAAAUAAAAAAGAAACAGUAUCGCUAGAUAAUUUCAGCUCAUUACUUUUGUGUUUUCAUUGUUUUCAUGUUACAUUCACAACUAAAAAUGACAUUACAUUAAUUCAGCAGAAGCAAACCCCCAGACUUAACUGGUUUAUGAUGAAGAGCAGUGCAAAUCUGCAUUCUUUAUUAUACUGUUUCCGUAGAAGAGCUGAGGGACACACACACACACAUAAACUGCACGUGUAAAAUUCACAAGAACUGCUAUCGUGUUUGGAAAAAAAAACAGUAAGAUGUAAGCAGAUGGCAGACAAUUUUUUGGAAAUAUCCCUGAGGGAGAAAAAAAAAAUAUUACAGUAACUUUCAAUUCCUGCAUAUGCCGUAAGGGCAAGUAUAAACAUUUUUGUAAGACCUGACUUUUUAAAAUAAUUAAUAGUCUUGUUGCUGGACAGCUUCUCUAGUGCUCUGUGAUUGAAAUAGUCAUUUUCACCAGUGUAGAAGAGUAGUGUAAACCUACCCAGUGGCAAAACCACGUUCUUGAGGCUCUGGUACAGAGAUUCAUUCUCUAUGCAAAGAACUUGCUAAUGAAGAACUGCUCCACUUUUACUCUAUCUAUCUGAUUUACUGUGACUAUAACUCUGGAAAAUAUUUAACUAUUUUAAAUAUAAUGGGGGUUAAUAAAAAUAUUGUACUGAUUUUUGAAAUUUGGCCUUGAAACAAGACUCACUUUUGAAAUCUGAACAAUAAUAAAAUAAGGUGGUUUUUAUGACAUUUCAAUCUAAUUUUCACCAUGCAUUGAAUAUACUCUGGUUAAGCUAAUUAUGGAAAACACUAUAAUAAGGAACCUAGUCUGUCACUGACUAGCAGAAUUCUGCAGGCUCUCCACAUAAGCAAAGACAUUGGCCUGUGCUGCUGUCUCAGCAAAACUAGGAGCUGAUGCUAAACACUGUAAAUAUCAUAAAUCCUGAGGUAAAGCCCCAAUGUGAAACUCUUUAAUACCACACUCCUGGAAAAUGUAGCCCAACCUUUUACUGAAUUUUAAGACUUAAAACUUGUCACUACUGCCUCCUGGUGUGCUUCAGUAGUCUUCCUGUCAGUGUCCAUCAGCUGUUUAACAACAAGCAUUUUUGAUCCAAUGGUCUAAACCAGUGGAUGGGAUUUCCAGCAAUGAGGGUGACUUCAAUAGUGUGAAGACAUGGGAGGCCCCAAGUGGAUACAAGGGACUGGGAUAGGCAGUCUUAGCUGAAUCUGAACUAACAAAAUAAAUGAGGAAAACUACUGCCUCCUACCAAGAACGUAUUUGACAGUUGAGGACAGACUAAAAGAGAUUGAUACUGGUAUUGGUUAAACUGUAUGUGAACUGCAUGCAGGUACCUGUAGGGAUUAAAUAGUAUAUGAAAGGGAGAAAAUGUAAAAAAUGGUGAGAGUUUAAGUACAGUAAUAGUAAGAUAAACUUAACAGAAGGCACUGUAAGGCCUUGGGUCAUGGAAUAGCACCUUGACUGACACCGGCCAGACUAAAGGCCAGUCUCUUCUUGCUUGAUUUUGAAAAUCAUAUGCACAAAGCCUUAGCUAGAGCUGUGCAGGGAACAGCCCUGAGCCAGAAAGAUGACCAAAACCAAUUUCUACUGUCUAGAUUUCUAUUACUGCCUCAUCUGUAAUGCUUCACUUGAUUGAUUCCUUGUUUGUAUUGAAAAUAACAAAUUUCCAGUGCUAAGGUUUCUGGAUUCACUUCCUGCAAUAAAUCUCAUUUAAACUGAACAGCUUCAACUGUGAUGGCAUCAACAUUAAUUUCUGGAUGGCUUGAUGGCAUAACAAAAGCCAAGAUCUUAAAAGAAUAAUCAAUCCAUGAACAAACACAUCUCACUGUUUCCUGUUGUUCCCUUAACCCGCUUCAAGCAAAAGGCUAAGAAAUUGGAUGGACUUCACACUGUAGCCUGAAAGUUAAUAAAUAUAAAACUGUACAGAA